AUGAGAUUCCAGAAACCCAUUCUUUUAGCCUUAGCAGCUGCACUUGUGACUGCAGGCGAAGCUCCCAAGAUCAAGAAGAACCCAGCAGAUGUUGUCGCUGUUGCUGACUUCCCCUCUGGUGGUCCACAAAAAAUCCUAGGUAAUGUUGUGUUCACAGCAAAGAAAGGUAAGGCUGUAAAUGUUUACAUUGACGUUACUAAACUACCAAAGGAAGGAGGACCCUUCCAGUACCAUAUCCAUCAACAACCUAUUGGUGCCAAUGGGGAUUGUGAAGCUUCCGGUACACAUUUAAACCCAUACAAGGCAUCACCCGAUUGUGAUUCGCAGAAGACAGACGCAUUCUGCCAGGUUGGGGACUUGAGUGGUAAGCAUGGUUGGAUCGAUACAACUUGUUUUGAAACCAAGUAUGAUGACCCCUAUUUGUCGCUUAACACCAAGUCGAAAUCCAACAUCAUUGGAAAAGCCAUUGUGUUCCACUUUGCAAACUUGACAAAGUUUGCCUGUGCUAACAUAGAAGUGGCUGGAGAUGUGAGAUUAAAGAGCUUGGAGGAAGAAUACUCCAGAAACGGCAACGAUGACUUAAAUGAGUUGAAGCUGUUUGUGGCCAAUGACUACCAGUUUGUUCCAGGACAGGAAGUCUUUGAAGUUGCAGAAGCUCAUUCCAAAAGAGACUUGGGAGUUUCCCAAUAUGCCGAGAUUGAUGAAGACGAUAAUGACGACGAUACCGAACAAACUGGUGAUGUGCCUGAUUGCACAAACUCAACCCAUCACCAUAGCGGAAGUAACUACUCAAACUUCACCAAUCUUUCUACGAUCGACUGUGAAAAUAAUGCCGAUAGCUUAGGCUGGGCAGCUAUCCCUGCUAUUUUGCUGGGAGUUGCCGCUGUUUUUUUGCUUUAG